GACACGGACUGCAUUGGUCGCACGGCGCGACUGCUCCGUUGUGACGUUGCUUUGCUUCCGCUCCGUUCACGUUGAUCGUGUGUUUACGUUCGUGUAUAAGUAGUUCUCAGUAGUUCUCCGAGAUCGUCUGGCCGGGACGGAACGUAAUUAGGCAAUAUCAGUGUAUACGAUGGCUCAAAGUGAUCCCAGAAUCCCAAAUUUGCAGAACACAUAUACUCCUCUCGGUUUACCAUUAUCUGGAAUAUAUAAGCGAAGUUACGCCCAUGUAACAAUCAAAGAUAGAUUGCCAGUGAUAUUAACGAAAAUCGUUGAUACGUUUUGCCAGAAUAAAAGCAAAAUUAUAAAUACAUAUAGUGAGGAUGCUGAAAAGGAUAUCAAAGAGAUCAUAGGAUUUAUAAGUCAGCUGAAAAAUGAGAUUGUUACUAACAAACCUUUAAAGCCACUGCAUUUGAAUACAGCAGUUACUAAUGACGCAGAAGAAUGGAAUAAAUAUUUGGAGCACAGAACGCACAUAGAAGGUGGAAUACCAACAUGGUUCAAUACAACAUGGUUAUAUUGUGAAUGCUAUAUGUAUCGUGCAUUAGCUCAAGAGAUUGCUUUAACAAAUACCAUACAUACUUACGAUCCAUUUGAGUACAGUAAACAAACUGAUUUUAUUGACUCUAUUGAUGCUAUGGACUUAAUUGCCUUGUAUUUAAAAGACAUAAUAUGUAAUAAGGAGUAUAAUAAGGAAAACUCAAAAAAUGAUUUUCUGAAGCUCUUGAAACUGAGCCUGUGGGGCAACAGACACGAUUUAUCUGCAACUGCAGGAGCUCCUUCUAGCCAAACUGGUAAUCCACUCAUGAUAGUAGAAUCUUUAAACCAGAACAUAGUAGUCAAUGAUUCAGAGCUUGUCUGGAACAUUAUAAACAAACAGAUAAACAAGAACAAUGAUAUUCACAUGGUACUUGAUAAUGCGGGAUAUGAACUCUUCACCGAUCUGUGUUUGGCAGCUUUCUUGGUUACCAUCAUACCUACGACUAAGAUAACGUUUCAUGUAAAAUUAUACCCCUGGUAUGUGAGUGAUACAACUGUUCGUGAUUUUCUCUGGACGUUGGAUCAUAUGAGUAAACUGAAUCAUCAUCCAAAUAUGCAACUAUUGGGUAAAAUGUUCAACAAUCUAAUAGACAACGAAACUUGGUGUAUCAAGGAAGAGCCUUAUUGGACAGGGCCAUAUGACUUUACGCAAAUGAAAGAAAAAGAAAGGAAUAUAUAUGCUCAAUUUUCCGACGCUAAAUUAGUAAUAUUUAAGGGUGAUCUGAAUUACAGAAAGCUUCUAGGUGACGUAAAUUUUGAGUAUAAUACAAGCUUUGCAGCUGCAUUGGGCAAUUUUCAGCCAACAAAUAUUUUGAGCUUGCGUACUAUAAAAUCCGAUAUUUGUGUCGGACUACUUAAUGAUACAGCUGAAUUCUUUGAAAAUCACAAAGAUAAACUUUCAACCGGAGAGUACGGUCUCAUUCAAGCAGCUUUAUUUAAAAAAUAAAAUAUCAAAUUUUUCUAUAAUAAAAAUAAAACUACCUUUGAAUUGUAAUAAUCGUAAUUACUUACGUUUAUCGCUCUUCAAAUAUAUAAAGUUAUAUAGAACAAUAUUUGUACAUAUACAGAUAUGAAUAAGUUACCUAUAAAACUGAGACUCGUACAAAAAAUCUUUCUAUUUUUUGUAAUAUAUUCGUAUUUGUUUCUGUGCCAUGUUGUAUAUUAAUUAUUUAAUCCAUUAUAGCUUGUAUAUAUUUUUAUAUGUAUAUACAUAUAAAAUCUACAUUUAAUUACAACUACUUCUUAACAUGUUAACACUGUAAAUUUUCAUUUCCAUUUUGUAAACUAGAGCUACCCUGUGAUAGAUAUAUAAUAUAUAUAUAGUUAAAUUUUUCUGUAAGGUAAUUAAACACGCUGCUGAUUUAAUUAAUUUAUGCAGUGUAAUGAUAAACAUAAGGAUAAUCUCUUAAUAAAUACUUAUAAGUUGUUAAUAUAUAGUAAUAAUUAUCUAAUUUUUUUUACAAAUCUGUACAACUAAACUUUAAAGUGCUUAACGAAUCAGUGUUAAAACUUUUUGCUUUAUCAUUCUUGUAAUUAAACAAUACAUUUUUACAUGAUUACAGU